AUGAAAUCUCGUCGUGACACUGGUAAAAAUAGUAGUACUGACCUUAUGCACUAUUUGGUUACAAAUUGUCAAUACAAGUCUGGAAGAAACUUAUCUGAUAAAGAAGUUGCUCAUAUCAUGAUUGCUAUGUUAAUGGCUGGUCAACACACAAGCUCAACCACUAGUGCUUGGGCCCUUCUUUACCUUGCUCAAACUCCUGAUUUGUUUAAUCAACUUCGUCAAGAACAAAUUAAAAUUCUUGGUUCUCUUGAUGUUCCUCUCACUUAUGAUUCUAUCAAACAAUUAUCCUUACAUGAUAAUGUUGUUCGUGAAACUCUUAGAUUACGUCCUCCAAUUCUUCAUAUCAUUCGAAAAGUUGUUCGUGAUAUGCCAAUCCCUGGUUCAAAUUAUGUUAUUCCAAAAGAUGCUUAUAUCCAAUGUGUUCCUGCUCUUUCCGCAAGAUCGAAUGAUUAUUUUGAUAAUGCUGAAGAUUUUAAUCCUUAUAGAUGGAAUGAUUUUGAUUUACAAAAUAAGGAACGUGAUGAUGAUCUUAUCGAUUAUGGUUUUGGUGCUCUUCAUUCCACUAGUGCUAAAUCUCCUUUUCUUCCUUUUGGUCGUCAUAGAUGUAUUGGUGAACCAUUUGCUUAUUUACAAAUUAAAACUAUCAUUGCUACUUUGGUUAGAAUUUUUGAUUUGGAAUUACUUAAUAAUAAAUUUCCUGAUUGUGAUUUCACUACUAUGAUGGUUCAACCUAAAAAUCCCAUGGUAAAAUACACUAGAGUAGAUUAUUAA